CAGUGAUUGGUCGGGCCGGUUCCGCUGGGCGGAGCCUGGGGAAAGAAAACGCACCUGCGGCGCUGCCCGGGGCAGAGGGGCGAUGGAGACAGCGGCGGAGGGAAGAGGGCUGGCGACCGACUCCCUGGAGGGCUUCUUGCUGGACUUCGAGCAGGCGGUGCGGGACUUCGAGCAGAGGGGCUCCAGCCCUUACGACAGCGGCAUCGACGACUCGGGAAGCAAAAGCAUCUCUCCCAGUAGCAGCCUGGACAGCAGCCAGGAGGACCUCACGGCUGCGGUGGCCUCUUCCCACACGCCUUCCUCCACAGCUAAACUCGGAGACACCCGUGAACUGGAAGCCUUCAUCGCAGAUCUGGACCAAAUCCUGAAGGGUAGGUGUGGGAUCUAUCCCCUCCCCAAUAGGAAGCCCAAAGGAUCCUCUGGUGAGCCAGGAUUCUGCCUUUGUCUGUGUGUGGGGGCUUCUGGAGAGCCCCUUGGGACACAAAUGGUGCGGGCAGGUGCAUUUAUAGGAUCUCUGGGCUUUAAGAGAGGUGCUUUGGUCACUUCCCACUCAGGUUGGUGACUGGAUGUGUAUCCUGGCUCUCUGUAUCUCUGACUGAUACAGAGGAGGCUGGGAAGGGCCCAAGCCAGAAGGUCUGAGGCUUCUUCGUUUUAGC